AUGGAGAAAGGGGAAGAAAGCACAAGGCCUACCAGCAGUGCUACAAGGCCUGCUAGCACUACUGCAAUGACCCAGCUUCCAACAGGAGUACCGUUUAGACCACCAAUUGCCUAUCCUUAUGCUCCUCCAAUUCCCUAUCCGGGAUGUUCAAGUAAUUCUAAGGACAUGACAGAACCCUCCUCGUCUACUAGGCCAGAACCCUCAUCGUCUACUAGGCGAACGUUGUUUUCUUCUGAAAGCAAUACUUAUCAGGAUAGUUCAAAUGUGGGAGACGAGUUCAUUGAACAAGAGCAGGAGUUUGAUAAUUCAGUGGUUGAGGAAGUACCAUCAAUGGUUGAGGAAGUACCAUCGAGCAGCCAUGGAAAUGACGAUGAUGGUGUUAUAGAGCCGAGGCCGGGGAUGUCAUUUAAAACUGAGCAUGAGCUUUUAGACUUCUAUAAGAAAUAUGGAAAACAGAUUGGGUUUGAUGUAAUGACCCAAAGAAGUAAAAGGGAAGACGAUGUGAGUGUUAGGUAUUUAACACUUGGUUGUGCUCGUGGUGGUAAGGCAAGGAACCGUACCUCGAAUGUUUCUAAACCACGGCCGACAACAAAGACGGAUUGUAAGGCUAAGAUUAAUGCAAUCGUGCUUGAUGGGGUGUUGCGUAUAACUAUUGUUGAUAAUGCACACAACCAUGGGUUAAGUCCAAGAAAGGCAAGGUUUUUUAGAUGUAAUCGUGCUAUCGAUGCUUCUGUAAAAAGACAACUAGAUAUCAACGACAAGGCAGGAAUAAGUAUGGCUAAAAGUUUCAACUCGUUGGUUGUCGAGGCAGGUGGAUAUGAUAAUCUUCCAUUUGUUGAGAAGGAUGCGCGGAAUUAUAUUGAUAAGGCCCGACACCUUAGGCUUGGUAAAGGAGGUGCUGAUGCACUCCGUGGCUACUUUGAGAGAAUGCAGUAUAAGAAUGAUGGGUUCUAUUCCUUGAUGGAUUUAGACGACGAGGGAAGAUUAAAGAAUGUUUUUUGGGCCGAUGCACGUAGUAGAUCAGCAUAUGGCUAUUUUGGAGAUGUUGUGACAUUUGACACAACAUACCUAACAAAUAGAUAUGGCAUGCCAUUUGCCCCUUUCGUAGGUGUUAACCAUCAUGGACAAUCAAUACUUUUUGGAGUAGGUUUGAUUUCAAGUGAAGAUACUAAUACAUUUGUUUGGUUGUUUGAGACUUGGUUGAAAUGUAUGGAUAUGAGAGCACCAAAUGCUAUCAUCACUGACCAGGAUAGGGCCAUGAAAAAUGCCAUAGCAAUAGUCUUCCCGAAGACCCGACACAGGUAUUGUUUAUGGCACAUUAUGCGAAAACUACCAGAGAAGUUAGGUUCCCAUUCUAAAUAUAAUGAUGGAUUGAAGAGCGCAUUACACAAAUGUGUUUAUGAUUGCCAAACUUCUGAAGAGUUUGAGAAGUCUUGGGAGGUGUUCCUUGAUACGUAUAAUUUGCAUGAGAAUGUAUGGCUUCAAAGUCUAUAUACUGAGAGGAUGCAUUGGGUUCCUGUAUAUCUUAAAGAUACAUUUUGGGCUGGAAUGAGCAUAACUCAAAGAAGUGAGAGCAUUAAUGCAUUUUUUGAUGGUUUUGUGCAUUCGGGGACAACGUUAAAAGAGUUCGUUGAUCAGUUUGACAAUGCAUUGAGAAAGAGAUGA